UAAAAAAAAUUGUAUUUGUAGCAUAUAAUCAAACAGAAAUGUCUCAAAAUUUCGAUAAAUAUGAUGAUGCACUAUCGUCGAUCUUAGUGAAGGAAGAGUCUAUACUAGGAUUUUUAUCUGCUAUAUUCAAUUUUUUAGCAAGACGAACGGACUUCUAUUUAGUUCCUGACGGACCUUAUGAAAACAUAGGCUUUCCACCUGGAGUUGCAGAGGAGCUUGUACUAAAAGUUCUUAGAAAAUGUGACCCAAAGAAUUACAAGCCUAAUGGUCGUAAGCCUGAUUUGAAUUCUGAAUUAAACAACGAAAUUAUGUGCUCGACAGUAGCUCAAGAGGUGGAAGUUAUUGCAGAUGAUGAUGAAAAACUAGGUGAUAAUGCAGUGUGUAGCACAGAAGCACAAGGAAGUGACUCUACAUCAAUAGGAGCUUAUAGCUCUGAAAACCCAACAAAUCCUGAUGAAUACAUUCCACCUAAAUUAUAUACACAAAAUAACAGUGACACUUACAAUGGAGCUGACAGAGGAGUAUAUUGUUGGUCACAGACAAUUAUGGAGCUGGAUGUGAUAGUAAAAUUGCCGCCGGAUGUAAAAACUUCUAAAGAUAUCAAAGUAACAAUCAAUGCUGGAGAUAUCUGUGCUGCGAGUCGCAGUGGUGACAUAAUAAUUAAAGACACCCUGCCAUAUAAAAUUAAAGCAAUUGACAGCUUUUGGAGCAUAAGUGAAAGAAAACUACAUAUACAUUUAGAAAAAGUGCAGGAACGCUGGUGGGACAAAUUAUUAAAUGAUGAAGAACCAAUUGAUCUUUCAAGAAUAGACUGUUCAAGGCCUCUAAAUGAACUGCCUGAAGACCAUGUAGAUAAGGUGAGAGAGUUACAGUGGAAUCAAGAACAAAAACGAAAAGGUCUGCCAACUAGUGAAGAAAUACGUAACAUGGAAUUACUUAAGAAAGCCUGGAAUGCCCCUGGAUCACCUUUCAGUGGUAAGGAAUUUGAUCCGAAAAUACUCAAUCAGUCCUUGCUUAAUUCUUUUCCCGAACAAUAAAAUGAAACUAUAUUAUUUUUAUUUCGUGUUUUAUUUAUUUUCAUAUUUAUGAAACAAAGAUAAAU